CCACAAUUCUAAAUGAAAAGUAAAGUGCAUAAAUCAAAACCCCAGAACAAAAAAAAAAUGACACGUUUUGAUUAAGAAGCGAGAAUAUCAAAUAUAUAAAAUAAAUGUCGGCAAUGACAUUGUCAUUAUUAUCUAGAUAGUUGUAAGGAAAAGUUUAAACAUUUCAACUUAAGAGUUAAAGAAAUAAAAAUAACAAAGUUUUGUAAUAUAAGAUUUAAAGUAAAAUGCCAGCUACCGAAGUUUUAAACCAUGUUGAAGAACAAUUGACCAAGUGUUCGUCGGAUGUGAAAAGUGAAGAUUUUUGUAUAGAAGAUUCACCGGAAUGGUUGACCAGAGAAUAUUUAGAAACAUGUUUGAGAUCAUAUUAUCAUAAUCAACAAUUACAAUUGGUUAAAAUUCAUGCUAAAGCCGCUUUAGGUAAGGGAGAAAACUAUGGCGGAGUUUUGACCCGGGUCAAGGCUGAGUUUAAGCCAAAUUGUAAGUCCUCUAACAAAAAAGGCAGUUAUAUUAUAAAAACCUCUUUUGAGGGUGAUGAACUGGCCAUCAAAGCCAUGGAACCUUAUGAUAUAUUCAAUCGGGAAAUUAAGAUAUAUGAAGAAAUUUUACCCAAACUAAAAUUGUUGCUCGAGGAAAUCGGUGAUGAAGAGCAAAUUUUUGCCGAAACUUUGGCUGUGGAUAAAGAGAAAUCUGCCUUAAUAUUUGAAGAUCUUAAUGAUAGAGAUUUUAUAAUGCCUGAUCGUGUGCAAGGUCUCGAUAUGGAUACUGCUAAAAUUGUUCUACGUAAAUUAGCUAAAAUGCAUGCCAGUUCGGCCGUGCUUAAUGAACGUGAAGGCAAAUGCUUAGAAGGUUACGAUUGUGGCAUGUUUAAUCGUCAUACAGAAAAUUAUGCGCCCUGUUUUGUUGGUUGUUUGGAGGCUUGCACCAGACUUGUGGCUAAAUGGCCCGAUUAUCAACACUUUAGUGAGAAACUGGCUAAACUUAAACCCCAAUUUAUGGAAUUGGGUAAACAAGUUUUUGAUCCUUUGCCCAGUCAUUUGAAUGUAUUUUGUCAUGGCGAUUUGUGGACCAAUAAUGUUUUAGUGAAAUAUGAUCCGAAGACGAAAAAACCUUUAGAUGUUAUAAUCAUUGAUUUUCAAUAUGCCGCUUGGGGUUCUCCCGCCAUUGAUUUAUUUUACUUUAUGAAUACUUCGCUAAGGGAGGAAAUCCAUUUGAAUAAUCAAGAUGAAUUGAUACAGUUUUACUAUCAUCAUUUGUACGAUACUUUGAUAAAGUUGAAAUAUCAUGGAGAUAUACCUAGUUUACAUAAGUUUCAUUUGCAGUUGGAAGAGAAAUCAUUUUAUGCCUUUCACAGCACCUGUGUGGUACAGCCCAUCCAGCGCAACGUUGUCAAUGAUGAUGCCGAUUUUAAUGCUCUCAUGCAAAGCGAUGAACGGGCCAUACGUUUCAAAAAUACUUGCUAUACAAAUCCCUAUAUACAAAAUAUUAUUAAGAAAUUAUUACCAGUUUAUGAGCGUAGAGGCCUUUUAGAUCCUGAUCAGUAAAGAUAAAGUAUCUAUGUGAGCUAUAUAUGUAUAUAAACGGUUAUAUUUAUAAAAUAAUAUAAAUAAUUGUAUAUUUGUUGGUUAAGGUAGUCCGUCAGUCUAUUGUAAAUUUGAAAUUUUAUCUUUAAUUUGUUUAACACUUUAGUUAAUAAUAAACACUGGUGUAUGAGUUAAAUUUAUUUAAGAUAAAAAUGUUAUAAACUAAUAAAGUUGUACAAAUAAUAUAAUAAUUUUGAAAUGUGA